GAAGGAAAGUAUACAGUAUACAAAUUUCAUUUUUUGAAUGGAAUUACUGAGAUAAAUCAAGUUUUUGAUGAUAUUCAUGGUUACUGGCCAGCACCUGUACAUGAGGAAACUUGUAAAGUAUUGCUGUGCUAAAUGAAUGUAUAGAAAGUAAAUGUGGAUAUGUCAGCUUUAAGUUCUGAUAAUAGCAGAAGAUUAUAAGGUACACAAGAAAGAGAAAAGGCCAGAGAGAGAGUGAGUAGCCCACAUCUUCACCUCUCUCAGGGCGUUGGAGUCUGAAGUAAAGCACAUGCUGGAUGACGGGGUUGCAGUACCAUCUUCCUCCAGUUGGUGGUGGACAAAUCACAUCCUGUUUUACAAUAGAAACAUUUUAUUUUUGAAGCCAAAGUGUCCAAUUCUUCUUACUUCUCAGGUUGCUUAUUUUGUAUAAAAAAUGUUUUAUAAAUAAGUAUGUGUCCAAAGAUGAUUAUGGAGGGCUGUUUGUAUAUUGUGACAUUUUAUAAGAACUUCCUGACUAGUUGCAUCACUGUGUGGUACGGCGUCUGCAUUGCAAAGCCCUCUGCAUUACAGGUGACCAAGCCAUCACACAGCUCUGUGUAUAAGUUGUUGCACUUAAGUCCGUUGAGGAAAGAUUUCCAUCCUGUUGCACAUAAGUCAGAAUUGACAAUAAAGUUACUUUGACUUUUAACUUUCAACAUUAUAAUGUUGAGUCAUGUCACAGCGACUUGUGACCUUUGAAGUCUGAUCAUUUCAAGUCCAUUCCCUCAAGACGUUCCUGGUUCCUGAGACACUGGAUUCAAAAGAAGGCGACAAACAUGAAAACAUAAUGACUCCAGCCACAGCUGCAGACAUUGUUUCAUAAUUCUGAAUCCUUUAAUUAUUCUCUCCUUAUGAGACAACAUAUCUCAUAAUUAUGUGGAUUAUCACAUUCAUCUGAUUCUGAGUCUUGGUUAGACCUUCACCUACAUGGCCACGAAAAAUGUUUGAGUGUUCAUGAGGUUUAGUGGUUAGUUGGUGAUACAGUAUAAUAAUAAGACCUCAGCUUUGAUGUGGUGCAUACAGACCAAGUCUACACAACUCUUCUUUCAAAAGACAAAACCAUGUUUAUAUUUAAAACCAUCACCUUAAGACAUUAAUAGUAAAAGUAAAAUAACUGAGUAGAAUUCAGUUAGUAUAAUUUAAUUUACUGGUAAUUAUGUCGAUAUGAAGUUUUAAUUUAAUCUCUUGAAGGUUGUUUCAGUUUCUGACUUGCAGCAGCUUCCUCACUGAGUUUUCAUGAUGACUGUCUGUUGUGUUUAUUUUUACUUUACCAGGAACUUCAGGAUUUUUGUCUUCAAAUGUAAAUAUUUUAUUUUUCUUGUGCAUGCAUGUAAAUAUGUUUGACCUUCAACCAGAUAUUUAUUAGGUGAUCAGAUGACGUUAAAGCACACCCUCUCGGGUAAUAUUGCUUAAUUAAAAAAUUGUCACAUGGUUCACUGGAGAUCCAAGCAGGACGAACCGCAGAGAGAGAGAGAGAGUCUGCCCUGAGCAGAGCAUUUCUACUGAGAUCCUCAUCAGCAGGCAGCACCAGGAAUAGAUAGGACAGAGGAGGAAUAUCUAUCUACUGCUAUGAGCUCAGUUCAUCAUAGGUAACCUAUGAAGGAAAACGGCUUUUUAAAAUCUGAACCAGAAUUUUUUGCAUUUUGGCCAUGCACAGAAGUAGACGCCCAAGAAGAAUUCAGUGGCCUCGGCCUCGGCAUCCGGGAGUAUCACCGGAAAUGCCUCAUCUAGUUGCCCAUGCCACGGUUUGAGCUUGCUGUGUCUCGGGGGAGAGACGUCAGUUUGCGCUGUUCCCGUGAGUCGCAGUCUCCGAUCGAAUGGAUGGAGCCACGUCUUUUUUGUGUGCCCUUUAUGGGCAAAAUUUUCCUGAAACGUGAAAUCACCGUGAGUUGUAAACUACUGCUGGUGCUGUCAGUUACACUGAUGAGCAGAAACACCGAAGCCCUCCAGGUGAUUGGUGGAAGCACAACAGUGGUGAAAGGAGGGACCGCUAUCUUACCCUGCAGACUCAUUGAGACCUCAGAGACCCUGACUCAGAUUACAUGGCAGAGGAGAACCAGAGAAAAACCUAAAACUGACAACUUCUACACAAUCAACUUGGAUGGACCCCAAUAUGUUAACGGACCUGAUAAUCGAUUUGAGUUUAUUGGGAGUUUUUCUGACAGAAAUGGAUCUCUACAGUUGUCCAAUGUUCAAUUGAAGGAUGAAGGCAGCUACACGUGCAUCUUCACUUUGUUCCCCAGUGGAAAUCACAAGACAGAGAUACCUCUGAACCUGCUUGUGCCUCCAGUCACAAGCCUGAAGGGUAAUCAUUUAACUUUGGGUACUGGAGAAGUUUCCCUUGCUACCUGCACGGCUGCCGGCUCCAAGCCUCCUUCAGAGGUGACCUGGCUCACUGGUACCGUGGCAGUGAGGGUGACGACCAACUCCACCCAGCAUGACAACGGUACAACGACCACAACCAGCUCACUGUUUGGAGUCCCUACCACAGAAAUCAACAACCAGUCAGUUCAGUGUGUCAUCACAACAACAGGCCUGCCUGAAGAACAAGUCCUGCCUUUGACCAUCCAAGUUCACUUCCCACCAAUGGAUAUGACAAUUGUUCAACGUUCUGAAAACUCGUAUGAAUGUGUGGCCAACGCCAACCCAGAGGCACAUUUCACCUGGAGCAGGUCUGAUCAGUCUUUGCCUGAGUCUGAUAUUAAAGUUCAGGGUGCAACUCUGCAGUUUUUGAGGAAGACCUCUAAUCUGAAUGGGCUCUAUCAGUGUGAAGCUGUCAACCCGUAUGGAAGAAAAGGUGGAGGUCAGAUCCACGUGUAUAUGGAUUUUGGCUCCUGCACUGCUGCCUGAACCUUAUUUGGUCUUCUGCUUUCCCUGAACAUUGUAGCCUCAGUGUGGUACCUUCAUAAACACAAGAAUACUCUUCUAUGCAGAGAAGCAGUAAAAAACACUGUCCCAACAUCUCCUCCAAGCAAUGACGGCGGAGAAGAGGAACCUCUGACAGCUAAAAAUGAGAGAAUCUGAAGCAAAUGUUUGAGGAUCAUCUGAUCAGUGAAGAGUUGGACAGAGAACAUGGACAGGUGUUGUGUUGUGUAAGGGAAGAUGACAAACUAAAGAUAUGAGUCUAGUACAUGAGGAAACUUGUAAAGUACUGUGUUUGUGCUAAAUGAAUGUAUAGAAAGUAAAUGUGGGUAUGUCAGCUUUAAGUUCUGAUAAUAGCAGAAGAUUAUAAGGUACACAAGAAAGAGAAAAGGCCAGAGAGAGAGUGAGUAGCCCACAUAUUCGCCUCUCUCAGGGCGUUGGAGUCUGAAGUAAAGCAUAUGCUGGAUGAUGGGGUUGCAGUACCAUCUUCCUCCAGUUGGUGGUGGACAAAUCACAUCUUGUUUUACAAUAAAAACAUUUUAUUUUUG